UUUGAGCUGGAAAAAGUAGAAUAUGUGGAACUCAAGGACACAAUACACAAAAAAGGCAAGGGAGAUUAUUUUUCCAUUCAGAAAAAGAGGAAAAUAUCUGGAAGUGAGUGGAGAGGAAAAGGUUAAUUGGAUGGGCACAUCGGGCAGAUAGUAAUACAGGUGUUGUCUGUGAGGACGAAAAGGGCUUAAAUCAAAGCACCACUAAACAAGGGAUCACAUAUAUUUUUGACCUUCUCAAGAAUAUCAGUGGCGAAAAAGUUCGAUAGUUCUGCCGAUUACGGAAAAAGCAGAUGUCAAAUUGCAAGUGAUUAAGCAGGGAAGAAUCCACUCUGGAGAAAAGCAUAUAUAAAUUAUCUGAAUGUGGCAAAAGCUUUUGUUAGAACAGAUCCUUUCAGUUCGCAUAAGAACCCACCCAGAAGAGAUGCCCUACAAGUGCUUCCAAUGUGGUAAAUCCUUUAAGAAAAAUGGCAACUUGGUGAUACAUCUGAGGACUCACAGCAGGAAGAAGCCAUAUGACUGUCCAAAUUGUGGGAAAUAUUUCAUUGGAUAUUCCCAUUUUGUGAGACACCUGAGGACUCAUGCAGGAGAGAAACCUUUUGAAUGUCAUGAUUGUGGGAAAAGUUUCAGUUAUAAUUCCGAACUGGUAAGACAUCAGAGAACUCACACAGGAGAGAAACCCUUUGAAUGUCCUCUUUGUGGGAAAAGUUUCAGGCAGAAUUCUCACCUGGCAAAACACCACAGGACUCACACAGGAGGGAAAACUUUUGAAUGUCCUCUUUGUGGGAAAAAUUUCAGGCAGAAUUCUCACCUAGUGAGCCAUCAGAGGACUCACACAAGAGAAAAACACUUUGAAUGUCCUCUUUGUGGGAAAAGUUUCAGCCAGAAUUCCAACCUGGUAACACAUCAGAGGAUUCACACAGGAGAAAAACCCUUUGAAUGUCCUCUUUGUGGGAAAAGUUUCAGACAGAAUUACGACUUGGUGAUACACCAGAGGACUCACACAGGAGAGAAACCCUUUGAAUGUCCUGUAUGUGGGAAAAGUUUCAGCCAGAAUUCCAACCUGGUAACACACCAGAGGACUCACCCAGGAAAAAAGCCCUAUGAAUGUCCUGACUGUGGGAAAGGUUUCAGGCAGAAUUCCAGUCUGCUGAAUCAUCAGAGGACUCACACAGGAGAGAAACCUUUUGAAUGUCCUCUUUGUGGGAAAAAUUUCAGGCAGAAUUCUCGCCUAGUGAGCCAUCAGAGGACUCACACAAGAGAAAAACCCUUUGAAUGUCCUCUUUGUGGGAAAAAUUUCAGUCAGAAUUCUUAUCUGGUGGAACACCAGAGGACUCACACAGGAGAGAAGCCGUUUGAAUGUUCUGUUUGCAGGAAACGUUUCAGUCAGAAUUCCAACCUUAUGAAACACCAGAGGACUCACACAGGAGAGAAACCCUUUGAAUGUCCUAUUUGUGGGAAAAGUUUCAGUCAGAAUUCCAGCCUGGUGAAACACCAGAGGACUCACACAGGAGAGAAACCCUUUGAGUGUCCUGUUUGUGGAAAAAAAUUCAGUCAGAAUUCCAACCUGAUGAAACACCAGAGGACUCACACAGGAGAGAAACCCUUUGAAUGUACUGUUUGCGGGAAAAAUUUCAGUCAGAAUUGCAGCUUGGUGAAACACCAGAGGACUCACACAGGAGAGAAACCAUUUGAAUGUCCUAUUUGCAGGAAAAGUUUCAGUCAGAAUUGCUGCCUGGUGAAACACCAGAGAACUCACAAAGGAGCGAAACCCUUUUAAUAUUCUGAUUAUGGGAACAGUUUCAGUCGGAAUUCCUGACUGCUGAAUCAUCAGAGGAUUGACCCAGGAGAGAAACUGUUUGCAUGUGUAGAAUAUGGGAGAGUUUCAAUGGGAAUUCUGACCCUGUGAAACACCAGAGGACUCACACAGG